CCCGGCUUCCGGCUCUCAAACAAACAAACACCAUGCUGUUGAUUACCUGUUUUAUGAUGGUGUUCAUCUGCUGUUGACCAAUUAAAUAUAAUUUAUAUGUUUAAUGAAAUUAAUUCAAGCUAUUUUUAAGCGCAAUACCCUUGAUCUGAACACCGCAAAUGGACCAUUUAGGAAAGCUUGUUAUUCUUCUUGCAGUGAUUACCCUGGUUGGCGUAGGUAAGUGUUGAAGGGCCUUGACAUGACCCUGAUCAACUUGGUAAACUAGGGCCUACCUGCCUGCUGUUGCUUUUAAAAGCUAAAUUUAGAAUGGACGUCAGACGAGCGUAGUGUGUAAUAGUAUUCAGAAACAUUUUAAAUCUUCAACUCAUUAUGUUCACGUAGGCUGAUAACGAUACCGUGUUUUUUGUCAAUCCAUUGACAAUGUCAAUAGGCAAUAGGGCUGAAAAUAAUUCGAUACUAUUUUACGAGCUGUUUCCAACUUUCUCACGUUUAAAUAUAUUUAUUUUGGCCCCAAAAACAUCUAUUUUUACGAAGUGGAUGCGUACACCGCGGCGGUGUACCUAGCGAAGUCGUGGGCUUUGGCCUGGGUACACCAUUCGCCUGGUUUUAAGAAAAGCCCAUUUUAAUUAAAAAUAUUUUUUAUUUAAAUUAUCAUGUUCAUUUGUAACAGUAGUUUCCUGAGAAGUUUUUAAAUAUUUUAUAGCAAUUAAAACAAUUUAAAUUGAAUAUAUGUUAUAUUCAUAUUAUGAACUAAUUAUUAAGUGUUUCAACAAGUUGUGCCGGCCUUUGACUUAAAAAAAUACCGGUAAUUUUAGUAAUAUGAGUUGACAUAGAAAAGAAACUGAACGUUUCUGAAAGCGCAUGUAUAGUGUAUGUAACAUGUACCGGUAUACACUUUAUCAAUGAUAUCAUAUGAAUAUUAAUGUGCAUGGUCGUGUUUCCAGAAUGGCAUGGGAUAUGCUAUUCUCAGGUAAAACACGACGUUUUCUCACAGAAACCAUUGCACAAUGCGCUUGGGACAGGAUUUGAGCUAUUUCAAAGUUUUUUUUUAUCUGUUGUUUUUUGCUAAGAAAUCGAUCCUUACCGGGGGGUGGGGGUGAUUUAUGGGCAGAGGUUCAACGAAAAUUGGGGGCCUACACAAAUCAUGGCUCUGGAUAGGGAUUAGGGGUUGUCCACAAAGGACAUCCGCACAAAAAACUUAUCUUUUGCACCCCCCCCUCAACCCGGAGAGGGGGUGCUGAUGGCUGCCGGCAUUUUUUACUUAUGUGUAAUGCCAAUGUAAAACUAAUUCAAUGAUAUUUAAUUAUUGUUAAAAGACUUUUAACAAUCACUGCAGUGUUUCGUAUUGAUCAUCAUANGCGUAAUUAUUUCUUGGUUCUAAAAAAAUGGAUACCCUGGCUUCCCUUUCAUUUUUACACCACGCUCCGAGGGAUCACAUAUAAUGUUAUUAUUAUCAUGCCUCCCCACCCCCACCCCCCCCCAAUUGUUGUUGUUUUUUUUUUUUGUGGGGGGUGGGGAGAAUAAUUUCAAAUUAGCUACCCUUUUUAUGCCUAUUAAGAUUCACAAUCAUAGGAUAAAACUUUAAUAAUUAUUAAAUAAAAUUGUAUUUUAAUAUAUGGGGGGAAAUAAAGUGGUUAACUUUAAAAAUAAAUCGUGGUUUAACAUUACACCCCCAGCCCCCUCCCUUCCAAUAAAUAAAGCCAUGCUUUACAAGUACUUUGCCACACAAGUUAUAAGCGUGGAACUUACUCAAAAGCUUCCUCCUAAGGUACUCAACCAUUUUAAAGAUAUAGUUUUCAGUUUUAACAAGAGUAUAACAUUAAAUCUACAAGUACCAGUUAGGCCAAAAAGUUUAAGACUCGCAAAGACCAUGGCUUUGCUACUUUAAAUCGCUGCGGUGUACGCAGGCCACAGACAAUGAUUUAGCUAGGUACACCGCCGCGGUGUACGCAGGCCAAAGUCAAUAGUUUCGCUAGGUACAACACCGCGGUGUACGUAGUGCCGGCCUUAUUUUUAAGCGAUGAGUUUUAAAGAGGAAAAAAAAAAUUGUUAGAAGUCUGAAGGUUUAACGAGGCUAAACUUACGUAAGUUUAAAAUGCAGUUUAACAAUUUUCUCAUUCCUGAAUAAUAAUAUUGAAUUGCCCUUUAGUUAUAUGUACGCGUCUACACUCGAAUUUUAUAUUAAAAGCGUGACAGUUAUUACUUUUUACGUUUUACAUAUUUAAUGGAUUUAAAUCUCUAUCUAAGAAAUUAAAUCAUUACUUUAUGGAUGAAAUUUGAAAUGUGUACAGUGUACAGUCACUUUCUUGCUUUAUUUAAUAUAUUAUUUAGUCUCUUCCUAGUCCUAGCCAUGUGCAUUAUGUUUGUCUCUGUCCCUGUUGUCUCCUAGUUGUCUAGUAUAACCAAAUAGCCUCAUCCCCAACUAUUUAUGUCUGUUUGUGUUUUACUUCAACAGCUUCCCAGAAGACAUGCCGUUUGGAAUAUGCCCAUGUCUUUCAGUUUUCUUGUGAUGUGGCCACUCUAAACUAUUCAACCAUCACCUGGAGAGUCCAGCAGUCGGACCCCGAUCAAAUAGUUCCAUUGAACAAGUGUACACUUUCACAGUGCCAGGCCACCAAAGAUUUUGAAGGGAUAUUUUUGGCGUCAGCCACAACAGACCCAUCAUUUUCAAUGAUUGUAAACAGCAUUUUAUAUGGGAACUUGACCACAAAGAAUUACACUACUUUGAAGACCUAUUCGACCUGGAGAAAACUUGAGUGUGCCCAUGACAAUGGAGUUGUUAAUGUGUGUGACACCUUUGAUGUUUAUGGUAGGGAUAGUUUCAUCUUAAGUUAACAGUGAAAACACUUCACUACAUACAUUACUCAAAACCUGAAUUGAUACCCAUUCAAUAUAUAAUGUAUGAACUUGUCAUUCUUUUUUUAAAUAACAAUACAUACAUUACUCAACACCUGAAUUGUUCACCAUUCAAUAUAUUGUGUAUGUACAUGUCAUUCAUUCUCUUUCUCAGUUACUCAUAUAUAACAAAAGAUACAACACCUGAACAUGUCAUUCUUUCUCACUUAUUCUGUGAAUGUAUAUAUAAAUAUAUUUAUGUAUCUAUGUGUGUAUAAAGGUAAUCUUUUUCAAAUAGAGUGACCUCCAAUCAUCAAACUUACAAUUAAACCAAUAAUUGAUAAAGAUGAACAAUAAAUAUAUAAUCUCCCCCCCCCUCUCCUUUUCUCUUAAAUAAUCACACUUUUUAAAACUCAAUCUUGUUCAAAAUGUAAGUUAACUCACUCUAAGUGCAAAUACUAUUGUACAUGGAUCCAUUUCAGCUGAUGCAAGGAUUACACAACUAUCUGCUAACAAUGAUACACAACUGACUGCAAACAUUGGAGACAAAGUUCACAUUGAAUGUCUCGCCAGCGGCUUCCCAGACCUCAGUGUGUGGAUUGGUAAAAAUGGCACUACACUGACCGCUGUGGGCCCCGGGCAGGGGAUGGAUGUGACCUUGAAUACUUGCCUUGACGCUGCCACUUAUGUGUGCCGGGCAGAAAAUCAUAACACUGUGGACGAAAAGGGCAUAGAUAUAUUCAUAAACUGUUAGUGCCUUUUUAUUUUUCAGUUAACCUAAGAAAAAUUUGUUUCAACAUUUUUAUACUUUUUAAACUUAGGUAUUGAAACUAAUACAUUUGUUGAAGUUGACAUCAUUAUGGAAUUAUCAUUUAUUUGUAAGAUACUUACAAAUAUUCAGUAAGGUAAGUCAGUUUCUUGUUGGGGUAAUUAGUGGAAACAGACCACUAUGAAAUCUUGUUGCAUUUUACCUCAUUAUAAUGUUUUUUUUAUUUUGAAAACUAAGUACAAUGUUAUAAAUCAACAAAUAAAAAAUUUUAAAACAAUUAAGUAGAGGGUUCCCUCCCUUUCCUAUAUUCUUCACCUGCAAAUUUUUAGACUAUGUCUCACACUUUACAUUUUAAACUAAGUCUUAAAACCACUAAACAAGUAAAAAUGUAUUUUAAAUCUAGUUAGAAAAAUAAGUUGGUAGGGGGAGGGGGAUAUACUAGUUUUUUAAAUAGAAUUAGAGAGAGACUAAUGUAAUUUAAAAUGUUAAGGUAAACAUGGCUUCAAAUGUCAAUGAAGAAAUAUAAUCAUAUAUUGAUAUUUUAAUUAUGUCUUCAAAGUAAAUGGCUCCUGUGUAUUCAUAAUCAAUUUUCCCUUUCCGCCCUGGAAUUUAAGGGUUGAGUGUGUCCCAGGCUGGAAAACCCAGAAACAGCGCUAUGAUAAGAAUGUACUAGCAUUUGUUGCAAUGUCAUAGAUCCUAAGUAUGUUAAACUCAUAGGCUUAUAUCAUUAAGUAAAUAGAAUUUACUUAAUGCUCAGUGGAAGAGUCAAUCGUUUGAUACUUUGAGAAUCUAUAGUAAAUGCAGUCUUAUUAAUUUGUACUGGACUAGCUAGAUAAUAGCACAGCAUGUGUAUAUGUUAUUUUUUUUUUGGAAAAUGUGUUUACAUCUUUAUAUAUAUAUAUAUAAUAUAUAUGUAUGUAUAUAUUAAUAUAUAUAUGUAUAUAUAUAUUUAUAUAUAUAUGUAUAUAUAUAUAUAUAUAUUUAUAUAUAUAUGUAUAUAUAUAUAUAUAUAUAUAUAUUUAUAUAUAUGUAUGUGUAUAAUAUAUAUUAAAUCAUUUUUCAAUAUUUUCUUGAUGGCUAUAAUAUAUAUGUAUGUAUAUAUUAAUAUAUAUAUAUAUAUAUAUAUUUAUAUAUAUAUGUAUAUAUAUAUAUAUAUAUUUAUAUAUAUAUGUAUAUAUAUAUAUAUAUAUAUAUUUAUAUAUAUGUAUGUGUAUAAUAUAUAUUAAAUCAUUUUUCAAUAUUUUCUUGAUGGCAAUCAAAGGUUCCCUAGAAAUAAUGAACACCACUCAAGCUGUUAUCCAUGCCCAUCUGUAUGAUAAGCCAACAAUCACAAUCCAUGUGUACGGACAUCCAUCCCCUAAUCACUUCGGUUUGAAUCGUGCCUCUGGACAGAAGGUUGAUAAUGCCACCACUUUCUACAGGAUCAAGUACUACAGAGAUGAAAUUCCUUAUGGGCGUGUGGAGGUUCAGUUCUAUCAGCUGAAGGAGUCUGAUUUCACCAAUUAUAUCUUGGCCUUUGGCAAUGAUAUUGGUGAGGAUACAGUGUACAGCUUUACCUUACGAAGGAGUAAGUAUAUGAUACAAUAUUAUUUCUAUAUAUACCACUUGACUUUAGAAAGUGGUUUUAACAGCAUAAUUUUUUAACAUAUGAAUUGAAUUAUAAUUUAUAAUAUCCAAAUCUAUUCAAUAUAAAGUGGUCACAGGGCUAGUGCAGACUAUCCCAGCUAAAACGUUUCUCACCUUACAGAAGCACGGUCACUUAAUCAGAGCCAAACGCUAAAAAAAAACUGACUUCACCUCUUGACAACUCCAUGAGCAGUCACAUCCAGAAUAAUAGUAAAUUCUUCACUGUGCCUUGGUGUAACACAGUUCAGUAUAAACAAUCAUUUUUCCCCAUGAACAAUAAUUGCUUGGAACCACCUGGACAAUGCCGCCAUAGACUUUACAUCAAUUGAGAGUGUCAACGCUUCCUUUGCAUUCCCUAGGAGCCGUUAGGCUAGCGGCAUUGCUUCCCCAACCAUUGUACAUAUGCCAGGACAUGAAUGCAGCAAUUUACCCUAUCAGAAAAAAACACAAUAUGGCUACAAAAAAAGUGAUAAUAUUAAUUAGGGGCAAGGGAGCCACUUUUCCAGAUUAUCCAGUAAUUCCGGAUUUGUGAGGCUAAAUAUUUUUCAGCCCCAGAUUUCUGAGUUUUUAUUUUCUCUCACUCUGGAUUCACCAGUUCAGUUUAUUCAAAUAAAAAUUCUUGGUUUUAAAAUAAAAAUCAACAUGUGAGAUUGCGUUAAAGCUUAUUCAUAAUAAAACAGGUUCUGCGACCUCUCGCUUUUAUUUGCAAGUCUCUUACUUUUGUUUGUUAUCAUUGAAGGAGAAAUUAUUACUGAAGUGUUUGGUUAAGUUUCAGGGUUUCAUCAGUGAAAGAACAGGAAAAGCAUAAUUAAAUGAAAAUAGCAUUUAGCUGAUAUGUAGAAACUGAGAGGGCAGCAAGAGCAAUGUGAGAUUAUGCGUAUACCAUUUUUGUGGUUUUUUUCCUUCCUUCAUUUUAGUAUUUUAACAUCGUAAAAUAUUUUGAUGUUGUAUUAUAUUAAAGCUGCAAAGUUUUAAAUGAGUGAUCAGAAAAAGCAAGUUACAAAUUAAAAAUUUAGAACAAUUAAAGAGACCCAUCCAGUACAUUAAUGUUCUAUAUAGUUUGAUUACUGAAAUAGCUCCUCAUAUUGUUUUAAAUGCUAAAGUACAUCUUAAACCAUUUGUUAUAGUUGUGACCUCUGCUGCCUCCAUUGUGAGCACAAUGACUACUGCUGGAUGUGUGGUUUUUGGAGCAGCUGCUAUGAUCUUAAGAUGAUUCAUUAAUUUUGAAAUAGUAAGUCCCUUUAUCUUUUUCCUCUUUUUUUUUUUAUUUAGUUUAUCUUGUCUUGUUUAGACUGAUGUCCCAUGACUUUAAUAUGAAAUUAACCAUACUAGAGUAUAAUGUUGUGUAUAUAUAUAUAUAUAUAUAUAUAUAUAUAUAUAUAUACACAUAUAUAUAUAUAAUAUAUAUGCCAAUCAUUUUACAUUUUUUUCCUCUCAGUAGUAGAGAUGUUUUUUGAAGAAAGGGAAGAAAUCAUCUGUCCUUAAAUUCUAAUUCACUUUAAAUGUUAUUUCCCCUUUUCAAUAUGUCUAUCAUGAAAUAUAGUGCUAAACUGUAUUUUGAGUAGCCAAUAUAGUAUACAUUAUUUAAUUUUGACCUCUAGUGGAUGAAAUCUAAGAGAUAGCUAAUACAUGUGUGUGUGUGUGUGUGUAUAAUAUCCAUCGAUAUAUAUAUAUAUUUAUACAGGUACAUAUAUAAAUGCGUGUGUAUAUAUAUAUAUCUUGACUAAAUCAUGCCAAAUAGGCAAGAAAUAGGCAAGGACUAGAGAGUGAGGCGGACAAAUUAAGCAUUUGUAACUCGCAAUAAACAAAAAGCAGCUCGCGUCAUGACAACUACUUACUUUUUUGAGCCUUGGUCAUCUUCUCUUGUAAAGGAAGUACUAUAUAUAUAUAUAUAUAUAUAUAUAUCUAUAUACAUAUACACACACACAAAAGGUUUUAACUAUAAAUUAAAUUUAUUAAAAUUUUUGAGUUAGUUGUUUUCAAAUAUUUAAGUUUUGGCCAUUUAAAACACAUAAUUGGUGUAUAACAACUGUGAUUUACUCACAAAUAUGACCAUGCGUUUGUUAAAAACAAACAUUGUUUAAACUUGGCGUGCCUCAGUUUGUGCCAAAAAAGGAUUUUCUUUUUAAAAAAAGCUAUUGGAGCAAUGAAUAGCGGCCACUGUUUGAGUUCCUCAAAUUUAUUUAUAAAAAGUCACGGAAAUAAAUAUCAUUUGUGUUAAAAUUACAAUCCUUGAAAGAAAGAAGCAAGAAAGUGCUGUCAGUUAAAGAUCUAAUUUCAGAAUUAAUUAUUGUUUUUUUUUUUUUUUUUUUGUAUAAUUUGAAUAAUAGUAGCAUAGAUUUAUCAUUUCCAAAUUUAGAAGCAAUAGUGAAUAAAGAAAACUGCAUUUUCCAUAUUAUUUAUCACUUUUUCAGAAUUAAUUAUUUUUUUUUUUUUUUUUUUUAUUGUAUAAUUUGAAUAAUAGUAGCAUAGAUUUAUCAUUUCCAAAUUUAGAAGCAAUAGUGAAUAAAGAAAACUGCAUUUUCCAUAUUAUUUAUCACUCAUUGUAAUGUAUUUCAUAAUCUGCUUUGAACCAUUUUUUUCAUUUUAUGCUAAAAAUAAAAUAAUUUAAAUGACACUGUAGCAUACAAUAAAACAGAACAUUGCAAAUGAAAUAAAUAUUCAUUGCAAUUGAUGAGCAUUGCAAUUUUUAAAAAAGAAUGGAAGAAAAGUUAGCAAGAAAGGAUAAUUACUGAAAUAUUCUCAGGAAAUGUAAUCACCAGCUUUGAAAUUUAAGUAGGAUAAUCAAUGAUAUAUGUGUAUUAUUUAAAUGAUGAUAUAUGUCUAUGAUUUAAUUUAUGAUGUAUUUCUAUGACUUAAUUGUUAUAUGCCUAUGACUUACUGAUGAUAUAUGUCUAGGUCUUAAUUGAUGGUGUAUGUCUAUGACUUAAUUGAUGAUAUGUGUCUAUGAGUUAAUUGAUGAUGUAUAUCUAUGAGUUAAUUGAUGAUAUAUGUCUAUGAGGUAAUUGAUGAUGUAUGUCUAUGAGGUAAUUGAUGAUGUUUGUCUAUGAGAUAGUUGAUGAUAUCUGUCUAUGAGGUAAUUAAUUAAUUUUCACUUUGACCAACAUAACACGAUACAUAAAUGUAGGAAUUCAGUGAUGAAACUCUAAGCAUUUUCAAAGGGUUGUGGUUAACUAUGUGAAAUAUUUUAAAUUCAUGGGCAGCUGAACGCUUUCUAGUCUCAUUGCUUUUACCAAAGGAAACAUACUUUUGCUAACACUUAAAACUUAUCUAGAAAGGUUAACAUGUUAGACUUUAUAAUCUAAGAAAGAGUUUCAAAAAUUGAUGGCAAGACAUGAUCAUGACAUUUUCUAAAAUAUGUUGAAUUCUACAAAUUUUAUUAUCAUAUAUGUUUUUUUACAAACUUGACAAAUUGAAUUAUAUUAUUUAUAUAAAUAUAUGUUUUAUACUGUUCUUAUUUUUGUAUUCAUUAUGCUCAAUAUGUAAUUUGUAGCAAGUAAUAGAUUGCCAAUGCUAUGGGUCCAGUUAAAUGAACUUGGCUGGACUUGAACUAGAGAAUGUUGGAAAAUUAGCAUUUGCUGUAUAAUGUUACAAAAGAAAAUGAAAGGAGUAAGAGUGCUCUCCCCUUCUCCACCUUUAUUCCCCACCACUAAAAGAUGUAUCAUUUAUAUGGAAUUCCCAAAAUUGAUUUCUAUCCAAAUAUGUUCACUUUAUUUUUAAUGCCUUCAAAUUGUUAGGAAAUACCCCAGAAAAAAAGAAACAGAAAUGAUAUUUUAAUGAUCUGUAAAAAAAAAAAAAAAAAGAGAAAGAUAUAUUAGUUUGCCAAACUGCAAAACAUUUGGUUUUAUUUUUUUGGUUUUAUUUCUUUUUAUUACAAAAAAAACAUCAUCAUUUUUGUUUUGUUUUUUUGUGAAAAUAUGGAUUUGAAAAACUGCACUCGAAACACAUCUUUUUAAACUCUGUUACCCUGACUGAUUCCCGCCUCUGACCGAAAAACGAUGCUGCUGGGUGUCGUCCAUGGCUUGACAUGUAAAUAGUUUUAAAUAUACAUUUGUUUUGUUUUAUUUGUAUGUUAGUUAAUUUUUUAAGUUUUUUAUUAUGUUUGUUAAAUUGUAUGUAUAGCAUGGUGAGCCCAGCACUUGGCUGGGGUACCACGUUAUAUAAAACCACUUGUAAUAAUAAUAAUCAUAUAAUUCUGAGUCUUUUUUUUUUUUUAUGUCCCUUUUCAUUUCAUGCAUUAACAUGAGAGGCUAGACACAAGGAUGUUAAUUAUUUUUGUCUAAAAGAUGAUUGUAAUAAAAUAUAUAUAUAUAUAUAUGAACAUGACUCAGUUAUGGUAAUUUUCUUUCUUCAAUUAGCUUGCUAGAAAAAGAACAAUAAAAUACACACCUGUACAAUCUCACAAAAACUCCAACAAACACAACAAGAGCUGCUGCUUUUGUAAAAGUGAAGAUGUUACAGAGAAACAAGGUCGAAACAAAUAAAAUCUUGUCUGUACUUACGGACCCCCCCCCCUCUUGAACCUGCCUUCGUACCACCAUGGGUUGGUGGUGUGUCUGAUUGAGAACCCCCAGACUGAUCUAGACUGAAGUAGAAGAAACGCCUAUGCUAUCCACGGACUUUUGACGUUUUGGCACGGGGUUCUCGGAAAUUGAAAAAAAAAAAAAAUGUAGGCACUUUUAAAAAAUAUUUUUAUAAUCAAAUAUUUGGAGGUGGGGGUAGUAUGGGUGGGGGUGUGUGGGGGGGGGGUGGGGGCUGUGGGAAAGGCUUCUUCGUUUUAAUAUGCACGCCUUGGCAUUUUUAUGAUCAAUCUAUAUUUUUUUUUCCUCUUCACGGCAAUAUCAAUAACAGCUAGCUAUACCUUUUGGGCACCAUAAACAUCAUUUCUCUAGAGGUAAGAUCGUGGUUCCUUCUACAAUCUUAUAAUUUACUAGUGAGGACACAUUUCUUGGUCACACUAAAAACCAGCAGUAUAUAAUUAGCGCGAACAAUGAAAAUCGGAUUGACGAAUACAUAAAUAAAGGCAUAAUAAUAAUAAUAUCAUCACUAUUUAUUUGUAUUUAUUAUCUAAAAAUGGGUGUAUUCUGGACAAGUAAGCAAAUGUGUGUGUACGUGACUUAGACAUGACAUAAUUUCUCAAGCUCAAAAAAGAAUGUAUUCUUACAGCACUUGUAAUGUUCAGCGAGUUAAUUCCGAGGCGUCGGUACCGAAACACAAGUUCAAACUUUCCCUGUACAAACAUCGGCCUGAAAUAGUAUUAGUUGCCCAUUGUAAGUGUGGGGGGGGGGGGGGGGGGGGGAAUUUUCCACCUCGAAAUUUAAGUUUGUGUAAGUUGGCGCUCGGAAUUAGCAUUAUAAUAAUUGACAUAGUUAGCUAAACUAGUUUGUUUUACAAGCAUUUGAGUUGUGUGAGUUGAAAAGGGGGGGGGGGGUAUUUGAAAAAUUACACAAUCAAGAAUUUAACCCCACAAAAAACACACACAAAGAAAGUCGAAGAUCGGAUUCUAAGUCAACUUUUAAUAAUGCACCACACAUAAGGGGAAAAAAAAGUGUAACAUUUUAAAAUGGCGCACUAUUGAAAGGAAACAAUUCUAUUAUUCGCCUGUACAAAGACAACACUUUUAAAAGUCAACAGCUGGAAUGAAAGGAAAACAAGUGGUCGGAGUCGACUUUACUUUAAUGAACUGACAAUGACACCUUCUGAUGAGGUGUUUAAAAAGAUGAGGUUUGACGGUGUGUUAAGAACUGUCCACAGUGUAGUAGCGGCAUUAAUGCUUACUCUUUUCUACGGUAUUGAUUUAUUAAUUUAUCUGUAGUUUGCCCAUCACCUGUAGACAUUGUUAAAGUUAAUCUGCGGUUGUGCACGUUAUAAUGUAACGUUGUAAAGGACGCAAUUGGAGAAGAUAGAUGAUUAGAGCUAUUCAAUGUGAUUCUUUUUUGUUCUCUUUGUUUUCCCUGUGUGUGUCAGCGAAAGAUCUUAUGAUUAUUGUGCCUACUCUGUGGUAUUGUUCAAAUACCGGUAUCAUUUUGAUUUUUUAAUAAUUAAAAAAAAAUAUUUUUACCAAUACAAAAGCUUUAUUAAAGGAAUUUCAAGUAUGUGAUUUCCGCCCUUAUGGCUUUUUAUAACAGGAUAAGUGAACCUUUAGCACAAUCUAUUUAUGAGUGGCAACAAAAGAAAUGGGACGGUGAUUCUAGGAACUGGGUGGUUCAAAUUGUCCCACCCCAUCCCUAUUGUAUCGGUUACCAGUGUAACACCAGUGACAUUACAACCGGAUGACUGACUAGCGCUGUUAUUCAUGCGCGUUAUUUUUUUUUUUUUAAUGAGGUGUGGGAAAUAUUUUGUAAUGCGUUGCCUUGAAAUGUAAAUCCAUACACUCGAUAAAGUUAGAGGACAAAUUUCGCCAGUGGCGAAGCGAGGUUUUAAAACUAGGAGAAGCCAACUAAUGAUGAUACUGCCAAGGAACUAAAAAUAAAUUUAAAUAAUAUAAUUAUAAUUUAUGCAUUAAUAGUUUUAGUAUUAUAAUUAUUAUUUUCGUUUCAAACAUGAUAAAUACCGAAACAGUUGGGAAACGAGCCUUAAAGUAAAUCAUUAUUAGUGAGAUAGAAAGAUUUCGUGGUACGGUACAAAAGAAGGGUAGCUAUCCUCAAAAUCCACAUUUCAAAACAUAACAUGCUUUGCAUAUUGUAUUGGAGGAGAUGCUUUAUAAUUUCUAUUUUCCCGUUGUGUCACAUAUUUAACAAAAUCGUGAUAGAAGCCACUCCUCAUCCCAGGAAACCCAUGAUUGAAUUAAUUUACUUUAAAAAAUAUAUAAUAUAAACUGAAUCGAACAAUGCCUGAUUUUGUAUGUGUAUCGUGGCGUAAAUGUUUUUUUCUUUUAUAAUUAACAGAUGAAAAAAAUCACUGUUAAGGUUACUUCAGAGUUUUCCACUAGCUUCUAGGGGCUUCAUUCUUUUUCCUGCUUAGCCCUAGCAGCCCUAAAAGUAAAUAACAAGCGGAGUCAGAUAUGAAUGCUUGUAGAGAACAAAAACUACAUUUUAAAAUAUUUUGUUUUUACUUUAUAUUCGUUUUGCAUUCAUCACAGAUGGCCUAUUCUAGUUUCUAAUCCGUCAUGAAAUAUUUUCAAGCAAACCUUUCUUACAACGUGUAACAAGCUGUUGUUUCAAAUACAAAACAAUUAAAAAAUACCAAGUUAUGUAUUUAAGUUGUACAGUUCUGUCUUAUUAAGUUGAUUAAGUGAGUUUUUAAAAAAAAUCUUAAUACCGGUACAAUGGUGGUAAUAACCUAGAAUAUAGCGCAACAUCCCUACGCUUAAAUUUUGAACAGUUUUUCAUUUUCUUUUUGCUUCUUUUUUUUUGUUCUGUCUGCUGAAGAAGGCUGUUAGCCGAAAUGUUCUCCAUUGAUUGUCAUGUCUUUAUAUUUUAAGCUUCUAGAUAAACCUUGUUCCUCUAUUUCACAUAGCUUGAGCACAGUGGUUUAUUUAUUAACCCUUGAAACACCCUUCAUUUAUUAUCCUUUUAUAUGCCCUUUAUUUAUUACAUUUUGAUACUUCUUCAUUUAUAAUCCUUUGAUACGCCCUUAAUUUAUUAUCCUUUGACACACGAACCACUUGGUAUUACAAAAAAAUACUACCAGAGACCAGGGUCUCAGCCCAUAGGACGCGACCCCAAAAUGUGUUUUCAAAGGGAUUUGUGUGGGAUUGGCUAAAACAAUAGACCAAUAGAAGUAAUGUUGCGUAGAUAAUUUACUUUUUUACUAUUUAUAAUAUGAAUAGUUUGUGUUUAAGUUUGAAUCUUAACUUUCAAUCAUUCUUUAAUUGCAAUUACAUUAUACUGAAAAUCUAGUUUGAAUAUCUAUUCAUUGUCAAAGUAGAGCUUAUUUUAUGAUGUGUUUUUUUUUUCCCUUUCCAGUGUAUCGCAGGAAAGGCCACUUUGCUUCUAUAGGAAUGUGGUCGUGACUUGAAAACGGUUGAGACUCUUUGCUGGAAGUUCUCAGUUUACUGAGUCAUAGCAGUUGCUAGAUUAUACAGACAUCGUCUUACAAUGACAAUCUUCUACUUCCUGAAAUAAAGAAUAAUAACUAACAAAAAGUGAUUGUUCACGGGUGGACUCUGAAGGUACAAAUGCUCAACAAGGGUUGAUCCACCCAUUUUAAAACAACCGCAUAAAAAAGCCAGUUUUAAAUCAUCAGGCAGAAAACGUUGCAUGCCAACUCUCGUAGUUCAAUAAACGGUAGGAAACUAUAUGCAGACAAUGAUGCCAUGCUAUCUCUUGUAGUGUUAUAAACUGUCUAUACAGAUAGCUGCCCCGCCCAACGCCACGUUUUAUAGCUACAGUGAAAUGUGUUAUUGUGAACAAAUCUGCAUGCACACUAGCAGACCCAUAUUCUCCCGAUACCACAAAUCCAAUCACAAGUUGAUCAAUGAAGGAGAUUAGUCGAGAGACUAUUGGACAAUACAUAUUAAACACAGUAAAUCUCAUGUUUAGAAUCAGACACCACCACAUGAAUCUAUUCUUUGGUGCCCAUGAAUGAAAAAACAAGCUAACAAAAGAGCUUAUUAAAGACAGGAAACACACGACAAUAAAACCACCCAUGCGAGAUAUUUUAUUUUUAUGCUGGAAUAUGUUUGUUCAUGCCCCCGACCCCCUACCCCAGGAAACAUUAAAAAAACUAGAUAUAUUUCCUUAAUUUAUAAAAGUCUUUAAAUUUAAGAAAGAAGAAAACUUAUUGUAAAAUUUUACUACGUCCAAUAGAGAGAAACUGAAACAUAUUCGA